AUGGACGAUAGUCGAGCUACACCAGAGGUAUCACCAAGGCCAGAAAGGCCCACACCGCAUAUUGUGACCACCUCCACGAAGAAGAAAAGGCAAGUUACAGUUGUAGGGGACUCCCUUCUGAGGGGUACAGAGGGCCCAGUAUGCAGGGCAGACCCUCCUUUUAGAGAAGUCUGCUGCCUCACUGGGGCCCAUGUUAAAGAUGUUACGAGGAAACUCCCCAGCCUGACUGCCGGUACGGGUGUCCCCCGGGAUAGCCGCAGAUCCCAAAGCCGCCGCGGGACCAGCCCCCGGGAGCACCCAGCGGGCGGGCCAGCCCGGCGCUGCGGGGAGACACGGCCGCUCCUGCCGGUUCGGCCCGCGGCUCCCGCCAGGGUCGGCAGCGACGAGGUCGAGGAGAACUUUCCGCAGGGAUGGGGCCCGCCGAGGGGCCGGCCGCGGGGCCUGCCGAGCCGCGGGGCGACCGGCGCCGUCCCGCAGGCCCCCCGGGGGCGGCCCGCCCCGCCGCCGCGGGCGGGAGGAGCGGCGGCAAGGUCGCCUUCACCUCGGCCACCGCCGCGCCGCCUCCCGCCGCCCGCCUCAUGCCCGCGGCGCUGCGAGAGGCGCUCCGCGGGGCCCAGCAAACAGCCUGCCGGGCCUCCCUCGCCGCUGGGCCGCCGCCCUCUUCCCGCCUCCUGCCGCGCCGCUGGGAGGCCGGGCCGGGCAGGACCGGGCCGGGCGAGCGGCACCUGCUGCCGGGGCGCGACGAAACCUGACAGGGGAACUGCUCGCCCCAGCACUCGCCGCCUGGUGAGGGCCCGGCCCGGCCCGGCCUUCGCAGCAGCCUUCGGUGGUGGGCGGCUGAGGGACGCGGGUGACCCGCCGUGUCGUGGACUCCCGCCCCGGGGGCGAAGCCCGCCGCAGCAACGCCCUCCCGAAAUACCAAGACAUUACCGUCUGCUGCUGGGGCUAGACGGGAGGCACCGCGCUGAAGCGGUCUGGGCGACUGGUCCUCCCGGCCUGGCAAAGGUCCUGCUGCCAUCUGAGAAAAUCUCCAGUUACUUUUAUGCAGAUGAAGUAAUCUACCUCUCACCAUCCCACCCGGCCUUCUGUGCUCCUGCCGAGGCGGCUGAGCGCCAGGAGGCUGCUUAGAAGAGAUGAAUGAAACUGGUGGUGUGAUUACGGCUUGUGAGCUGACUGAGCAUAUUGUGUACAAGAUACGACAUACAGCUAUUGCUACUCACAGACUGGAAGUGUGUGUAUAUAAUUGUUAUUCGCUCCUAUUCUACUACUGACGUUCAUAAAAAACUCUUCUGGUACCCAUCGGAAAAUGGGCUAAAUUUUGUAACCAAUCUAUGAAAAUCCUACACAGAAAUAUGAGCCUGUAGGGCCACUCUGCUGCGUUUAUUUUUCCAAUAAAUUG